AUGGAAAACCCUUCGUUAUUUAUGGUAGAGGAGCGAGUUAAAACAUUUAAAAUUUGGCCAUUUAGUGACAAAAAUCGGUGUAACAUCCGUAACAUGGCAGAGGCAGGAUUCUACUCUGUUGCAACAGGAGAAAAAGAUGCUGAUGCUGCUAAAUGUUUUCUAUGUGGUAAGGAGUUGGAUGGUUGGGAGUCGACCGAUGAUCCGUGGGAAGAACAUAAGAGUCACGCAGCGAGAUGUGCAUUUGUUCAACUCGGGAAGAAGCAUGACGAUUUACUGCUUCCAGAGUAUCUGUCAAUAGUCAAACAAUAUAUGAUAAAUGAUAUUAAGCGAAUGGCAGAUCUUGCCAAGGAAGCCAUUGCUCACAAACAAGAAGAAGUAAGACGUCGGUGUGUAGGACGAAAGUAA